UACAUUGGACUCCUCUAAUCGUACAACUUAAUCAGGAACAAGUUAACUGUACUGUCAUCGAUAUUGUUAUGGAUUUGUGAAGUUCGAUGGUUUUGUGAAUACUCGAAAUGAAAUUCCCGUUGAAUUUCGCGAUAACCUUGUCCAAACGGUUACCGUACUUGCACACCAGUCUAAUAAGUCACACUCCAUGCUGGAGAAAAAUGGCGACCGAGGUAGAAAAGGCACAAACUGCAACUGCUGGAGGCGACACUAUUUUUGGCAAGAUACUUCGCAAAGAAAUACCUUGCAAUUUCAUUUACGAGGAUGAUCAGUGCGUUGCGUUUCAAGACAUCAACGGUCAAGCACCGGUACAUUUUCUGGUGAUUCCACGAAAACCAAUCCAGCAGCUCUCGAAAGCUCAGGACGAGGACGAAGCUUUAUUGGGGCAUUUAAUGAUAGUUGCUCGUAAAGUGGCAAAGCUACAAGGUCUCGAUGACGGUUUUCGUUUAGUCAUUAACGACGGGAAAGACGGUGCACAAUCCGUUUAUCACUUGCAUCUUCAUGUACUCGGUGGUCGUCAAAUGAAGUGGCCCCCUGGUUAAUGAAAUUCGCCGCGUUCGAUAAAAUUUUGUACGAAUUGUAAUUUGUGUUUAUAUAAUGUACAUUCUGUCACUAAUAAAGCCUUGAAGGAAAUACCAUAGGUU